AUGUUGCUGAACGCUGGCAACACUGGCGUACAUUUAAUUUUAAACACAAAACGAGAAGAGCACAAAAAACCAACAACAACACAAAGCACCGCUACACUGGCACCACCCGUCGUUUUGUCAACAUCAAAUACCAUUACAAUUGAGACAACGACCUCAACAGCGUCACCGCAGCACUGCCAUAGCGGUGGCAACAUCGCCGGUGUUGCGGUUGGCAUCGGCGUUAACGUCAGCAGCAGCUGCAGCAGCGCCACCACCGCCAAUGUCGGCCUCGGCAGCAUUGGUAUCGGCAGCACGCUCUGCAGCAGCGGCGACAGCGGCAUUUCGUCGUCGACGCCAUCGCUCGUCUCACAACUCUCACCGCCGCCCACCAUAAUAUGUAGUCUGCCAACGUCGUCGACGAACGCAAAUAAUAGCAUUGGCAUUAGCGCUAGUGUCGGCAGCGGAGCGAUUAGCAGUAGCGCUGCAGCAGCAGCCGGACGCUGUAGUCCAAUCAUUUCCGGCGGCAGUUAUGGUGCGCUCACCAAUGGGCUGGCGGGUAUUUCGGUGUCUGGACACACUACAACUACAUCGAUUUAUGGUGGCGGUGGUGGUGGCAGCAACAACAGUAAUUGUCAUAUUAGCAACAAACCGAAGUCGUCUUUGAGUCCACUACAAAGACUACCAAUCGGCGGUAAUCUUUCGACGUAUGGCGGCGGAAGUGGUGGCAUAGGCGGCAGUGGACCAGGUUUUCAACUACUCACCGGCAGCAAUAGUCAUUUGAGUAGCAUUUCACCGGCACUCAGCGCCAGCACACCGCUCAGCAGCGGCAUGAGUGGCGGCGGCGGCGGCGUUAAUAAUGCCACAAACUACUUGAGCAACAUGAAGUUGUUGGGACCCGCCUCCAUUGAUUUGGGCACCACACCGCUGUCGCAUCGCAAUUACAGCACAAUUAAAGGUUUUAGCUUUCGGCGCAGUUUCGAUGACAAAAUCAUUGCGCCACUCAACAGUAGUAGCGGCAGUGGCGGUGGCAUUGGUGGCAUCGGUGUCGGCAGCGGCGGUGGAGGUGGCAUUGGCAGUCACAGCAACUAUUUGACACAUCAUCACUUCCAUACACACUUCCACCACCCAACGUCCGCCAUGCAGAAACAAUCGUCCAUUGAACGCCACAUGACCGGCGGUGGUGGUGGCGUCAGUGGCGGUGUGGGCAACAUCAUGUCACACUCCACACACUAUCCGCUCACUUCGUCGCAAUCGUCGACGAAACUCUCAUAUCGUGAUGACUUUCUGCAGCAAAUCGGCUAUUUGCCGACGACGCGCAUCUUCAAUACCAGCAUCGAUGAGGACCGCCAGCAGGAGUUUCUGUCGUUGUCCAUGUCGCCGCCAUUGAAUCGCCGCCGUGAUAUGCCGGCGUUGCGUGGCAUCAUUAGCCUGUGA